AUGCUGCAGGAGGGAGCUGUGGAAACGGCGCCGUCAUCCCAAGUACACCACCCCGAAGUCUCUGCAACGGUGUCUUGCGGUAGCGCUGUCGACCACUCCGUACCUGUUAGUGUGUCUGUCUCCAUAUCCGCUGUUGAGGCUUCAGCGAGUGCGAAAUCCUCACCACAUCGGGAGCCCCGCAGCAGUAGCACCAACAGUCCCAAAGAACUGAGGCGUAGUCAACGAUGCUACGAAGGUGCUAAACCGUGCGAGGUCUUUUCUACGCCACCCAUGCAUGAAGCGGUCAGUAAUGAAGAGAAGCAGCUCUCUCUCCUGCAUGGACGGUUGGCCUGCAGCUCUGACAUGCAGCUGCGAGCCACGCAGGCAGUCUGCACAUGUAUGCCUGCGCCAAAUGAACACAUGGAGAUCGUUCCUCUCCUCACCUCACAGUCACCGGUGGAGUCGCUAUACUCGAGUAACCCCGCCGCAGCUGCCUCUAUUUCCACUUUAGAUGACCCCUCGAAGAUUACGAUGGCAUCCGUGUCAUCACUCAGUCUCAACGACGAUAGCAGCAUGGACAGCGAGUUGCACUUGCGCACCAACUCACUAGUGUAUUACAGUCCGCAUAUCCACCUUGACGCCAGCGUUGAGAGCCUUGAGACGGACGCUGCACUGCACAGAAGUCACGCAGUGAUCUCGUCCCCUACUUCAUGCUUGCACGCGUCCUCCGUGGUUGCGCCAUGUGCGGGAGUAUCGUCCCCUCUUAGCUCUCAGGCCAGAGAAUCAAUGACGCUGACGAAGCUGCGAGUAGAGUCCCCCUGCGGUGAAGGCAGUCGAAGCUCGUCACCUACUGUCAUGCCUGGCGACGCUUCCUGUAUCAUCUCUGACACAUUCGCGCCGACCCCGGAAAAGCCUGAUCGCCUUCCGCUGCGUACGUUGACCAGUGAGGAGGGAGCUUGCGUGCCGCCGCUUAGCACUCCCACCACAACGCAGCACACUGUCCCACCAACUACGACAACCCAGGUAGCGAAGCAAGCAGUAAACGCUAAGGGCGGUGUCAUCCCAACUGUGCCGGCGAUUUCCCUCCCCGUCGCUCGCUCUGCCCCCAUUAGCGAUUCAGAACGUAGCCUGACCAGCAUCCCUGUUCUCGGGUACGGCCCGCGCAGCACCCCCAACGCCUGCUCCUUGGCUUCUGCUCGCUCGUGCCGCUCCGCCCGGUCAGCGCGUCACUCCAAUCGCUACAGCAGCACACUGCGCAACGACGUGCCAGAUCUGAAAGAGCUUUUUCCUACUUUGCCCGAGGAGCUGUACAUCGCGCGUGAUCGACUGUGUAUCUCUCACGAUAGAAAGCGGCGACUCGGGUCUGGCGCCUACGGCAUCGUGCAACAAGCUGAGCUCUACCCCCCAGGUGUCGAGGUCCCGCGCAUCUUCACGCCGACGACAGAAAGUCUUGCGAGCGCGUCGAUUGCCAGCACGCCGAGAUUCUCGCCAGCCAACGGAUGCGUCUCCACGCACAGCUUCUCAUCCAUCGCCGCUGCUAUCGGAGUCAGCGAGAAUGUGGGUGGGGUCAGCAACAGUGUCCACUGUGGGGCCGAGCAGACGAGUGGACCCGGGACUAUUGUGCCGGUCGCCGAAACGAGCGGUCACACCCACUUGGGUGCGGUGUCGAUGUUCAGCAGCAACAGCAUCACCCCCGCGGAGCUACCGCUGCACCAGCAGCCGUACAACGAGCAGACCGCAUUGUUCUACAACAGCCUUGGUCCCGGAGUUCGAUGGAGCAGCGCGGUGGAGUUCGUGAAGGAUCCGUCUUGGGCGCGCGCGCCGAGCUUAAGCGACAGUCCGACACCGAACGUGACUGCGGUGCAGUCCACCGUGCUGUCGGCGCCGUCAGCCUCCCAUGAGACACCGGUGUUCGGUGCAGUGAGCCCCGCUUCGCCCGCGACUCCGUCCAGCCCUCCUCUCUCCCCUUUCUUUGAUAGGCCCCUGCGCCGUGAGACCACUGCGGUGACCCCAAUGGACUUCAGCGGCCAGAUGCAGGGUGACCUUCAGCUGCCGGCGGGGCUGGAGCUACGCUUGGGUCAAACUGCUGGCUUGUGUGCGGACUCGCUGACGUCAUCGCCUGUCCUCCCCGGCCAUCCCCGCGGUAGCGACCACAGCGCCGCCACAGCGGCGGACAACACAGACGACAGCACGGUGCGCAGAAGUAUAUGCGAGGAAAGAAGGGACUGCCCCACUAGCGUUUUAGUGUCUGCGCGUCCGGCUAGGGCCGAGGGGGAUGCGGUCGAAGGAGAGACCGAGCCGGACAUGGAAUGCACCGUGACCUCCAGCACCGGCAGGCAAACACUUGAGUCUCCGCUCUCGCCGAUAGAGAAAGGCUACACCUACCGCAGCAGCACCAUGCGUGUGGGGCAUCGCGUCGCAAGCGAGCAUGAAGACGAGAGUGAGGGGUCGAGGCCCCGCACCUACGCUUCCUUUACUUCCCCAACUACCCGGUGCGACUCCCUAGACACUGCACUAACUGCUGCCACAGAGGGAAGGCAGACGUCCCGCUGCGAGACGGUAGUGCCCCCGGUCACGGUGGAUGUGUCUCUGCACUGCACUUUGUCGCAAACCCCAAAUCUUGUCUCCUCCAAGCUCGUUAACGAUGUCGACGCGGCUGAUCACACGGCGCAAGCAGUAGCAAUGGUUGGAGCUGACACAAACGACAAGGCGCAGGUGGAGGGUUAUUGCUGUCCGCCAAACGUACUUCCCUGUGCAGUUGUGAAGGAGAACUCUUGCAUCGACGCGCCACCGGCAGUCGUGGCACCUGCCCAAGUGAUCUACAUACGCCCAAGCGAUCCCCUCAGCACAGUCGGGCGGUGCGCCACAGAGCUAACUACGGUGGGGGAUAGGGAAGAAGGGAAAGAGGAUGAGCCUGCGGAGAAGACGAGUGCGGGACUGGAGAGCCAAGGCACAGAGGUGCGGCGGCAAGGCAUACAAGAGAGUCGGGAGGUGAGCGGGGCCUCUUUUCUGAUGAGAGUCAGCUGCCCCGAGCUCCAGCUCACGUGUGAUGGCGCAGGGGAUGAGAUGCUGGCGCCGACGGCACAGCAGGCGAUCAAGCGGACCGUGCAGGCGGCCCGUGAGGAGCACCGGCGCACAGUGAAUCAGACGGAGGAGAUGGAGCAACAACCGGGAGCAGGACUUUCCCUUAGACGAAGGGGGCAUGGCAGCAGCUCUGCGAGGUUGGUGGUGCAAGAUGAAGCGCGGUCCGAUGGUGAGGGUGCAACAGCGAUUUCCACCGAUGUCGUAGUGACGGCAGCGGCGCAGAAGGCGGAGCGGGCGACGCAGCGCUUUACGCACCUCAGCACAGGUACCCCAACUCUAACCUCAGCCCCUACGGCGAAAGGCACAAACACCGGCUUUUUUGACUCCCUCACCCAUGUGCGAGGUGGCGCCGGUGCCAGUGAGACCCUUGGGGGGCAGGUGGCUCCCGGCAGCAUCUCCAGCUCAUUGAUUUCAGGCAGUACGAUUCUCACCGGUGCUGCCGCUACCACGUCGACAGUGUCCGCGACAUCCACAUUGAGGCCAGGGAGCCUUGGUGGCGUGCUUCUGUCGAGCGGCAUUACCAACCCGUUGCAAUCUUCCUUUGACUUUUCGCGUAACCCGAUCGCUCGCUAUGACGUGAACUCGUCGAUGAUGUCCGACGCACUUUCCAACGGCACUGUUCCGUUCCGCUCGGUCGCCACCAAAGUGAUUGAGAAGAUGGACCUCGCCCGCAAUACCAUGAAGCUGAACGCAUUCCACAACGAGCUGCGCAUGGCAAGUCGGCUCCACCAUCCAUGUCUGGUGAACGUCUUCGGCGUUGCCGAGGAUGCGGCGAACUUCUACCUUGUCAUGGACCUCGCGGAGAAGGGCAACUUGGCACAGUAUCAGGAGCAGUUUGGGGUAGGGGCCACACGCGAGAUGGCGCCGCGAUUCAUGGCAGACGUCGUACUUGCCCUAGAGUACCUUCGCGACGGGUCGCAACACUCGUACUGGAUGACGCCAUCCCACGACAGCGCAGGGGACAUUCUGCUGCACGACCGCAGUCGCAGCACAUCCCGGAAGGUCGGGAUAAGAGGGGCCACAGGCGCGGCAAGCACCAUGGAGCCACACGGCUUCUCCGACUCCACGUGCCUGCAUUCCUCAUAUCAGGACAGCGAAAGGACUGCAGCGGCAGCGGCGCCGAAGGGACUGGCGCUGUGUGCUUCGAUCACUCCACUGCCGUCGCAGCCUACCGGCGAGACUGAAGGCACUGGUGACAUUGGAGAGGAUAUGUGUAGUAGCACCUCAGUCCUGGGGCUGGCUUGGCAAGAGUCGCUGUGUGAGCCAUCAGAAUUGCCUUCGCACACCUCUUCCAUAGCUUUCGGACAUGAACCCCCUGCGCCUCCUCACGCCCUCACUUUCCCACGGCAGCAGAGCGAUACCGGCGGGUUCCUCGCGCUGCAGGACAGCAUCAUAGUGCACCGCGAUCUCAAGCCGGAAAACCUGUUGCUCACAUGGGACUUUCACGUGAAGCUGGCCGACUUUGGCGAUGCGUGCUUCUAUGGCGACGACGAGGCGAACAACUUUGGUGGGACACCGUCCUACAUCUCCCCGGAGGUGGUGGCGCGUUGCAAGGCGAGUCCGUACAGCGACUUGUGGGCCCUGGGCUGUGUGCUGUACGAGCUUCUGGUGGGCGAGCGACUCUUCUCCGGCUCGCUGGUCGAGGUGGGCAAUGCUGUGCAGAAGUUCAAACCCGAGUCGCUCGUGUUUCCUGACCUGCUGAUGUCCAAGACGGCGAAUUCGUCAGGUGCAGAGGGGAAGGGGGCCCAGGGAAGAGGCAGCGGAGCUGGGGCCGCUAUCUCGGAAGCGGCCAAGGACUUGGUCAGGCAGCUCCUUCAGCCGGUGCCUGAGGAGCGCCUUGGGUCGGCGGAGCGCGGCGGCUUUGAUGCCCUCAAGGCACAUUCCUUCUUUGCGGAGAUAAACUGGGAGAAAGUGCUGCAGACGUCCAACAUGACGACCACUAACACCAACUACACGGCAGAACUGGCCGAGUACCUUGAGCCGGCGGAGAUGAUGGUGUACUGUUCCCCGGUGAAGUUGUUGCCGAACGUGGAGGGGGGUAGUUGCAAAGAGUACCUGAAUGGCAAAGGCAGCAGCACCAACUCCCGUAACACCCAAGGCAUGCUGGUGAUGGUGCUCACGGAUGCGCCGCGGCUGUUUCUGGUAAACCCUGAUCUGGACAUGGUGCAGCUUGAGAUUCCCUGGUCGAUGGAGCUACACGUCCGUGUCCUGCGCGCCGAGUGCUUCACCAUCACUGUCCCCGUCAGUGAUGCCCUCAGAUCUCUCUUGACGCCGGCUCCAGAGUCACCGCUGUCGCCGAAGACAACAUCGGGGACAAAUCCGAUGCUCUCGAGCAGCAGCUUCAGUGCAGCUACGGCAAGUAUGAUCACCUGCACCUUUUUCGACUUCAACCGGCGCGCCGACUUGUGGGGUGUUAAGAUCCAUCACGUGCAGUCGAUGUGCUCCGAGAGGCCGGCACCGGGCAGUGCGGCCUGGGCGAGUCUGUCACGCCACCAUUCCCCCCCAGCGAUCCCCAUGGCUGGCGAGGGAUCUCAUUUUCCGCUGUUUGUUGCCUCCUCUCCGCCGCAGCCGCAGAACCAGAAGUGCCGUGGCACCUUCACCCCUUCCCCAUAUUCAGGCAGUGGCUGCUUGCAGCCGCAGCGCGGGACCCCUUGCACCAUGCGGACUGGCAGUCUCGGUAACAUGACGAUUUCCAGCAGUGAGCACAGCAUUGGUGCGCCACGCAGUUGCGCAGAGCUGAGCAGCUACGCGUGUGGCGGUGCCUUGUCAGCGCGCAUCACGCCGGUAGCUCGUGCACGUUUCGCUCCCUCCGCCCACUGCAGCACCGUCUCCCCGUCGUCCGCCUUCACUGUGAGCAACAGUGCUGCAGCAGCGACACCAGGUGCGUCAUCAGUCAUGUUACGCUCAUCUGAUUUGGUACAGCCGCCGUCGUGCAUAGGAGCGGCUCUCCCGUCUCGUCAGCGCCGCUCGAAUAUCGUGACCGUGACGAUUGCGUCCUCAAUCGCGAACGACCCACCCCGCGGCUUUCUCCACACCUCGAGGGUAAAUGUAGGCAGCACCGAGAGCACUAGUGGCCCAAAGUCACUCCUCGGCUUUGGCUGUACGAAGACCGAGAUGUGGGUGGGGCAUGCUACCCCUCCUGCACUGUGCAAUACCACCAACACCUCUCCCAACACCACUGGAGUCUCUACGACGAGUACGAUCAUCAUUCCUGUUUGUUAUGAGGACUCACCGCAGUCUGAUGUGAAUCUGAGUGCGACACGCUGGAGUGGCUGCUUGCCGACGCCUGCAACUUCGGUGUGCACUUCGGAAGAGGUCUUGCAUUCCUUGAGUUUAUCAGCUGCGACGGCUUUUGUGGCUGGAUCGGUACCGGAAAUGGUGCUGAGGCUAUGCAGCAGUGGUGACGCUGCCACACCACCUCUGGCGUGCUGCAGCCGGUCUGAAUGUAGUGAGGGUGACAGUCUUCUGGCCAACAGCUUCGAAGGCGCCAACGAGACACAGAGCCCAAGCGAGGACACCCCAGGUCCUUUGAGCACGCCAAGGCAGGUUAGCGGGGCCACCGGGACCCCAGCUGGCUUGUGGUCGCCGAGUCUUUGCCGAGAAAACGCGGAGGGAGGCACAGUUAGCAGCGGCGCACCUAUCACUCCGUUAAGGGAGACAACAUCCACUGCAGCUGCCGCUAAAUUGCCGAUCAAGACGUCGCAGGCGCGUCAGCAGUAUCAGCUGACGCAGAAGAUGAAGAGCAAGCCAUAA